GGUAGAGUGUUGCACAACGACGGAAUCCCAGUAACGAAACUUGCAGAUAGAUUCAGUWCAAGAUGAAUCCAGAUAUUGCACGGGAACGCUCUAAAGCUUCUUUCAAAGUCGAAGAACUCACGAAUAUUCUUGAUGGAGGAAAAGCUAAAACAGAAAGGCGACGGUACCUCGAAAAAAUCAUCUCAGAAGACCCAGCAUUUGAAAAUACUGAGGACAUUUUUAUGGACAGAGCACAGCUGUAUGAAAUGACUUUGAAAAAAGGAUUGCGUUAUCAUCAGCUUAAGACAGAAUGCAAUCUCACUGAUCCUGGGGACUUAUAUAUUCUACGAAGAGCUAUUGGUAGACCAUUGGUGUUUGGUCUGAAUGAUUUAAUGUUCAUUCCAUCUAUUCAGAGCAUGGGCACAAAGGAACAGCAAGAAAAGUGGAUUCCACCAGCCAAAAACUAUAAUAUUAUAGGGACAUAUGCACAGACUGAGCUUGGCCAUGGUACAAACAUAAGAGCCUUACAGACCACAGCAACAUAUGAUAAAUCACGACAAGAGUUUGUGAUGCAUUCACCUCAACUCUCAGCUAGCAAAUGGUGGCCUGGCAAUUUGGCCCAUUCAACAACACAUGCAAUUGUAGUGGCCCAACUGAAAGUUGAUGGCCAAUCACAUGGAAUCCAGUUUUUUAUUGUACAAUUGAGGGACUUAAAGGACCACAAACCUAUGCCUGGUAUUACUAUUGGKGAUAUUGGACCAAAACCUUCCUAUUAUAUGAAUGGAAAUGAUAAUGGGUUUUUACUGUUUGAUCAUGUUCGUAUUCCUCGAGAAAAUAUGCUCAUGGCAAAGACAAAGGUUUCUCCUGAUGGUAAGGUUUCWAAAUCAGGGAAUUCCAAGGCCCUCUAUGGCACUAUGAUGUUAGUAAGAGCUGGAAUACCUGCAGAUUCUUCUAGUUCUUUGGCAAGGGCUAUAACUAUAGCAAUACGCUACAGUGCAGUUCGACGACAAAGUGAACUUAAACCUGGUGCUGGAGAGAUUCAAAUCUUAGAUUUCAAAACACAGCAGUACAAAUUGCUACCACUUCUUGCUGCUGCUUACAUGUUAAAGUUUACCUCUGGCCGAGUGAUGAAGGAGUUCAAUGAUUUCAAGAGUGAACUGAAAGCUGGGAAUGACUCCAGGGUACAAGAGAUGCAUUCAAUUACAAGCAGUCUGAAAGCCUUUUGCACAAGCCUAGCUCUCCAAAGUGUUCAGACUUGCAGGUUAUGCUGUGGUGGGCAUGGCUAUUCUAUGUUUAGUUUUAUACCUGAGAUCUAUAAUCUUGUUGAUGCUUCAUGUACUUACGAGGGUGAAAAUACUGUUCUGUUUCUCCAAGUGGCAAGGUAUUUGUUGAAGUUUGUAAACAAACAUUCAUUGGGUGAGCAAAAUUUGCCGUCAACUCUGGCAUACCUUGCUGCUGAAGACAAUGGUGAAAAUAUUUCUGCAUUUUCCAUGGAUCAKUUCCUAAAUUCUUCCAUUCAGUUGCAAAUUGUCCAAAUGCAGUCACGAAGAAUGAUUCUUAAAGUUGCCCAGAAAAUGCAGUCACAGUUAAUGAUGAAAGAAAUGGACUAUAUGGACGCCUGGAAUGCCAAUUCACCAGACUUUGUCAAGUGUGCACAGAGCCAUAGUUUCUAUCUGAUGGUUUUGUAUUGUAUGGAUGUCCUUCACACUGGUCUCCAUAAUGCCAGCAAUUCAAUCAGAAAGGUUUUGAAGUCACUUUGUGACUUGUAUGUGCUGAAUGGAAUCAUUGAAAAUUCUGGCCGUUACCUGGAAGUUGGUGUUCUGAGUACUACUCAGAUUGGUAUGAUCAAAGACCAAGUAGAAUUGCUGAUUGAUGAUAUUAGACCUGAUGCAGUUGCCCUGGUAGAUGCAUUUGACUUCUCAGAUUAUAUAAUGAACUCUGCAUUAGGAAAAUACAAUGGCAACGUGUAUGAAGAGCUUUAUAACUGGGCACAGAAAUCACCCCUUAAUAAGGAUAAGGUUCGACCUGCCUAUCACAAGUACCUGAAACCUUUCCUGCAGCACGCUAAAUCCAAGUUAUAAAUUCCAAACACUUACCAUGGAUGUAGUCUCAAAGACUUGAAGGUACAUGAAAAGUCCUGGAAUUUUGUUGCGAAAAUAAAGCACAAACCCUGAAUAACCACAGGAAGAGCGAGUAGCUAUUGCCUUUAUUUUCAGACACAUGCUUUUACCUAUUUUUGCCAAGUGGUGAGCACUUGGAGUAUUGCGGUACCAAAAACAUGCUCGAAAAUGGAGGCAGAAGUUAGGUACUUCCCUGUGUACCUUUCAUAAGGUUUUCAACACUUGCUUAUUAAGUUCUUAUAUAACCUAAAAAAUGUAAAUGUCAGUUUGCAAAAAAAGGUCAAAUCAUCAAAGCUAAGACCAGAGGGGAUUUUGGGUAAUAUGAAACUCUUAUUUCAUUGCAUUACUAAAAAGAAAAGGAAUAAAUAUUCACUGUAGACAUUAGAACGAUUUCACAUAGCGAUACAAAAAAUGCAAGGUUUAUCUUAUGCAAAUUUUAUUGACUGUAAAAUAAACUCAUGUAAUGUUGCAAAACACGCUUCAUUUUCUCACUUAUUACAGCAUUGUUUCCUAUUUUAUAAUUGGAUUUUAUUGUCAUUCAUCAUGAGCAAAACAAAACAGUCUUUUUUGAGCCCAAAUAUAAUUACGGACUUGAGUUUUUGUUGGCCAGCCUUUGCAUGGCUUUCUCAAAAAUUAGUUGACACCAACGAGACACCCAAGGUGGUUACUCUCUCCUGCCAUUGAUCUUGUGGUAUUUUUGGCCGAAAGGCGUGUCAAGCUUUUGGAAAAUAUUUGAAGCUAAGCUUGUACUAGAUGCUGCAUGGUACAGUUCUGCAUGUGCUAUGAUAGAAAUUAUAGCAAUUAAAGCUUGGCACAAAGACUGAAGCAUAUCAAGUCUGCUUGGAAAAUGAAAUUUUUGUGUUUUGUUGUGAUGUAAUUAUAUAAAGUAACAAAAAAGCUGCAAUAAGUGAGAGAAUAGAGUCUGUAUUACAUGAUUACAUGAAUUCAUAUUAAAGUAAAUAAAUUUGCAUAAAAUAAACCUAUUUGCAUUUUUUGUAUCGUUAUGUGAAAUCGUUCUGUUGUUUGGUAGAUGGAAAGUAAUUAUACACAUAAUUACUGCUUUUCCAUGCUUCCUUUCAGUCUAAGCUUUGCUGAUGGAACUUUCUUGACUGUGUUUUUCUAUUAGGUGUAUAACUAUUCAUGAAUGUGAGAAGCCAUGUACAGUCAAUCCCAUUAAAC